GUAUUGAAACAUGUAUAGUCAAUUCAACGUUUGGAGAUGGAAUCAGCGCUAGCACUAACUGUCUGGGCGUUAAGACUCGAAGGAUGCCGGCUGAUAUUACUCAGGCGGGUUCGUUAAUAUGGCGGCCAUCGGAAAGAACGUUACUGAUCGAUAUUUUUAAUCAACAGUCGAGACACUGUCCAACGAAUAGCAUAUAUAUACGAGUCAACUACACAACCCCAGUCAUUGACGAACUGAAAUUUCUCUCGGAAGUUUUAAAAUCUUUACGUUUCGGACUACAAACUGAGGUACUUAUAUUCUCUCAACAAAUGGAUUUCCGUAUGAAUGUUUGCCUGUUGCUGAUUAUUUUCGUGGCAUUUUCUGCGGUUAAUGGCCGUAAAUCAACGUCAGGUGAUUCUGCAGAAGAAAUUCCCUGUGGGCUUAACGGUAAUUGCGUACCUUCACGUAUGAGGUGUCCUCCUGGGUCAUUUGACUGUAACGGUUUUUGUCCAAUGCCAUAUCAUUGCUGUUGCCCAAGACCCUUCCCACCUGGAAAAUAAAACUGGAGUGGUCUACAACUAAGCAGUUAUAAAAUGUAACCUGUCAAGUUUACUUUGAAUAAUUAUAUCAAGGC